AUGGCGCUUAUUCCUGUAGGAAAGUUUCUGAAUUUUUUCUCAAAUCUGUUAAACUCACAGAAAGAAAGAUCAGAAUCAGUGAAUCAUAUUGGCGAAUUGUUUCUUGAUAGUAGUGAAGGACAAACCUUUUUUGAUCUAGUGCAUUCUAGGUUCGAAAAUUAUGAUGAAUCGAAUAAAGCUCAUAAAAACAAGCACUUCUUAGCGGAUAUUGAUUUUAUUAUUCAAUGUGCAAUAGUAAGUUUAACGGCACCCGAAAAUUUCUGCUCACAACCAAAACAAAUUAACACCUUCUUUUAUAUUUAUCGUCGAACUGCUGAAUACAAUUCGUACGAAAGACGAUGCAAUGCUCAACUGAAGACGUUUCAAGAGAAACUGCUCGAGCGGUUAGGACAUGUGUUCGAAUCAACUAAGGGUUGUGAGCCAAAUCUAUCUACAACAAACCAGGAUCUGAUAAAACGGAUAAAUAUUCUAGAACAUCUGUUCACCAUUACAGAAAUUAAAGAUAUCGAAAAAUUGAAUACAUUCUUUGCUCUUUGUAAAUUAUCCUUCCAAUCAUCGUUAGGGAUCAGCAGUAGCAUUCGUCUGCAGUGGAUGGAUGUGUUGAAAAUGCGUCAGUGGAAUAUUUCAGUCAUUGAAUUCGUUUCACAAUACUUGGAAUGUAAAUCAGCAUUCGAACAAUGUCCACUCGAUAUGACUGCAUUAAUUUAUCUCACUCGAAGAGUACAGUCAUCAACGAGUGCUGAUGUGCCAACAUUUGAUGUUCUUCAUAGCUUUCUAAAUGAUUUAAAAUUUGAUUAUAAAGAAUUUUAUGGUCGAUUUUUAAGUAUAUUCGGUGAGGGUAUUAGGAAACCUUCUUGCAAUCAAUCAAAAAUUUCCCAACUGUUUCGAAUUUUAAGCACAGAAGAAGAUUUAUUUCCGACAUAUUUAUCGACGUAUGCAUCAGGCGUGUCACCUGAUCACUUAUGGGAACUAUUUUUAAAUUUAAGCAUGAAUGGCGACAUUAAUGAAAUCAUGCAAACACAUCUUAGUUCGAUUUUAACGCAGAGUAUGCAAAAUGCCCCAAUUGCAACAUUCAAACACUAUUGUGUGAGUGCCGAAUGCUGUUUACAAAAAAUCAAAGAUGAAAAUUAUCAAAUAUUUGUUGGAAUAUUCGACAAGGUGCUCCAUGGAUUUCUCAACAAACAGCUUAACGAUCAACAAUACUCCUAUUAUUUUACAGAUUAUAUUUUAAAAGAAUUCCUAAAUAUCGCGCUUAAACUAUCACCGGCACACAGUCUUCAACAUCCAUCUUGUUUACUCAUUAUACGGCAUUUAUUAUUUAAACUGGAUAACUAUGGGAUAGAAAUAUCUGAAAAAAUCAAACGUCUGUUUGCAAGAUUAUGUAAUCUUGAUAAAAGUUUAUUUCAAGCAGUUGAUCCUGCUAGUAUAAUAAAAGAUGAAUGGUUCAUUGAUUAUAUAUUUCAUAUUCCUCAAGAUUGGUUCAUGUUAAGCAGAUAUGAUUAUGACGGUCUCAUCUUCGCUUCUCAAAAUAAUAGUUGGUCACUUUAUAUUUGGUCAAGACUUAUUCAAUUGAGCCUAUCAAAAGUAGGCGUUGAUAAAUGGAAUGAAACAGUCGUGCAGCUAAAUCAAUGGAUGAUCAAUGUCGAGCGUGAUAAGUACACUGCUAACAACACUUUAACAACUAUUGUCGUUAAGACUGCAUUUGAUAUGGCUAUUUCCAAGAAUUCGAAAUCUGUUUUGUUUGCUCCGAAUAUUGGAUCAAUGCUGAAAUAUAUUUUAGAUGCCAAACAAAAUAAUGAUAAGUUAAUUGAUAUAAAGCAAGUAGAUGAUUUCAUUCAAAAAGUAAAUGAGUCAAUCAAGGAUAUUUUAUCACUAAAUAGUAAGUUCCAUUUAUUAGAAUUUCUUGUAUGCAAGACUUUUUGUAAUCUUCAAUAA